AUCUUUACCAAGACUAAAAGGGAAAAAAAAUCUUUUAGGAAAACGAAAUCAAGAACUCUGAAGACCCUGAGAGAACACAGCUUCCCCCAGAACAGGGUCGGUUUAUGGAACCUUUAGCCACCAGCGAAGAACAAACUGCGGUCUGUCCCCAGACUCUUCAUGGGCCUCCACCAACAUCAUCCAGCAGUCCUCCAAUCAAGCGACCCAACAUUGAGAAGUCUGUAUCUUUGGUGAAUGAGCAAGAAAAAAUUGCUUCAGAUCUUCAAGGCGGGCACGUAAGAGCACAAGAAAUGGACAACACAAACACCCAAACACAUGAUAACAUGAAGGUACAGGAAUCUCAGGGACAGCAUCAACUUCCAGAACUGUCAUCAUUUGCCACACAAACAACUGUGAGUACGUUCCACACUUUUAAGAUGGCUCCCAGAACACCAUCCUGCAGUUUCCAGACUCUUCAGGUGACUCUAACAGAACCAUCCACCAGAAUCCAAACUCUGCAGAAUCCAGGAUUGACAACUAUACCUACGGAAGCUUCCGAAGAACGUGGUCACCAGAAGGGCCCCAAAGAAGUAGUGGUGUUGAAAGUAACAGAACCAUUUAUUUAUGAGUUCAAAGAAGGCGGGAAGAAGAUGUUUCAUGCUACAGUGGCCACUGAGAGCGAAUUCUUCCGAGUGAAAGUUUUCGACUUCCACUUGAAGGAAAAAUUCAUCCCAAAGACAGUUAUUGCCAUAUCCGAUUAUAUUGGCCGCAACGGGUUCCUGGAGAUAUACAGUGCUUCAAGUGUGUCUCACGUGAGCGCAGACAGAAAGAUGGAGAUCUCGAGUAGACUGAUUAAAAAUGCUAAUGCAACUCCUAAAAUUGAGUAUCUUUGCUCACAAUGUACAGUAAAAUAUGUGAAUGGGGUGUACACAGUGUAUAAGAAAGAUAUGAGGGAAGAUUGCACUUAUUAUGGAAUACGAGAUGAUACAGGGAACAUGGAAGUGGUGGUGUAUGGAUGGAUGACCUAUGUCAACUGUGAGGAAGGAGAUAAAAUUAAUCUCUUCUGUUUUGAAUUGGCUUUCAAUGAAGAUAAGUGGCAGCUUAGAUCUGUAAGGCACAGCUAUAUCAAGGUGGGUGUUCUAUGGGAAUGUCAUUCUUCCAAAUGGAAACUAUUUAAAAAUUUUUUUAUUUUAUUUUUUUAAAUUAUGUGAAUGUAUUUUGACAUAUCAUAUGCACA